AUGUUCGCUGAUGACACGAGUAUAUGUUAUUCAGCAAACACAACAGAUGAGCUCCAAAAUGUAAUAAACUCUGAGUUAAAAAAGCUUAAUAGCUGGCUUAUUACUAAUAGAUCAAGUCUAAAUAUUGUUGAAACGGAGUUUAUGGUAAUAGGAUCUCAGCAAAAAUUAAGGUCCAUAGAUAGCGAAAUAAAUAUUAGAAUCAACGAAAAUGAAAUAACUAGGGUUGAAUCGGUGAAAUCUUUUGGAGUUUAUAUUGAUAAACAUCUUACUUGGCAUGAUCAUAUUGAUAAACUAUGUACGAAAGUUGCAUCUGCUAUUGGUGCACUAAAGCGUGUUAGAUCGUUUAUAACUAUAGACGCAUCCAUACAAAUAUACCAAGCGCUCAUUCAGCCACAUUUCGACUAUUGCUGCACG